AAUAAUUCAGCAGCAGUAACAGACACAACAAAAAAAAGACAACAACAACAAAAUGGCACUUUUACCCCGUGUGGAUAUUGAUAAGCCCAAAUUCGAUCAGAGCACGUAUUUGGGCCGUGCGAAGCAUUUCAUUCUGGUCACCAAUCCCCUCAACGUCUUCGCAACCAAUACACAACUGGAGACGGCUCGCCAAAUAGUCCAGAAAUAUCGCGCUGGCAAAGAUGUGCCCGAAGCGAAAUCUAUGGAUGAUAUAUGGAGGGCCAAAUAUCUGUACGAUUCGGCCUUUCAUCCGGAGACGGGCGAGAAACAGAUCAUCAUUGGUCGCAUGUCCGCACAGAUGCCAAUGAACAUGCUUAUCACUGGCUGCAUGAUGACCUUCUACAAAACAACGCCGGCCGUUGUCUUCUGGCAGUGGUUCAAUCAAACGUUCAACGCCAUUGUCAACUAUACAAAUCGCUCGGGCACAUCACCAAUUAGUCAAUCGCAACUGAUUACCUCAUACUGCCUGGCCACGAGUGGUGCGCUGGGCACAGCGCUCACCCUGAACCGAGCUGUGAAGAAUAUGAAUCCAUUGAUCGGUCGGCUGGUUCCGCUUGUUGCAGUUGCAGCUGCCAAUUGCAUCAACAUUCCUUGCAUGCGAAUGCAGGAGUUGCGCAAUGGAGUCGUUCUGUUGGAUGAGAAGAACGCUGAGGUUGGCAUAUCCAAGAAGGCCGCUUUUCUGGGAAUUUCAGCUGUUGUCGUCAGUCGCAUUGCAAUGGCGUUGCCCGGAAUGACAUUAACACCUAUGCUGAUGAAUAAGCUGGAGAAGAACGGCUUCCUCAAGCGAUAUCCUCGUUCCAAUGCUCCCAUUCAAACGCUCUUCUGCGGUCUUAUCCUACUCUUUGCCACGCCCUUGGGCUGUGCAUUCUUCAGUCAGCGUGCUGCCGUCCAAGUGGACAGUCUGGAGACCGAGGUACGCGAAUCCAUAAAAAAAAAACAGCCGGAUUUGGAAACUGUUUGGUACAACAAGGGAUUGUAAUUUGUUCAACGUGCGUUCGAGCAGAAGUGAAUCGAGAUUUUUUUGGCUGGACAAUAAUUGUAUCUAAUGAUGUUAUUUAUUUACUUAUUAUGCAUUUAACAUUUAUUUUGAAGCAUUUAAAGUCAGUGUGUUUUUAAAUGAUAUAUUAAAUGAAUUUCAAAGGUAACACAAUCAAUUUAGCUAAAUAUUGUGGUCUAUACACAACAAUUACUCAGCAGCAGUAGCAUGUGACUAGAGUUGUGUAUAAAUUUAUUAGCUAUGCAAAUAUUGUUAAUAAAAUGAAUGUAAUU